AUAGAGCGCGUUGAUGAUAGCGCCACAGAGCGUCACGCGGACGUAAGUGAAAUCAUAAUUAACGAGCUAUGGGCACGCUUGGUCGUGUCGAAAGAUUCGUUGAUGGUAUCCGCUGUUGUCAGUACGAAGUAGAAAGAGUAGGAUGUGGUAUCGUACAACGUUAUGGUAUUUUUCGUGGCUGCGAUUUCAUGAGAAAGUUGUUGUAAUAAUGAAUGAAUUUUGUUGAGGGACAUGCAGUAUACUAUAUCACGCGAGUGUAGGACAAGUUAACCUAAAGCAGUGUCUGUGGCUUUGUCGAAAGUGAAGUGUAAAAGUGCGCGGGACUCGCAUUGAGAGCGAGUACCAAGAAGUCUUAGUGUCGUGGGAUAUGCACACACAUGUCAAGAUGUCGUCGGGAGGACAUAGCAGUCGUACUCGAGCCGUACACAUAGGUUCAAUAUUCCAGAAACUUCACGGUCGGUUUGCUGAUCCUAUGACACUGCCGAAACUUUCGACCGACAAGCGAAUGCUUGAUAAGACUUGGAAGCUUAUGGACAAGGUAGUUAAAUUAUGUCAACAUCAAAGGAUGAAUUUAAAAAAUUCACCACCAUUCAUCCUGGACAUUCUACCAGAUACGUAUCAACGAUUGAGACUGAUAUAUAGUAAAUAUGAAGAUAGGAUGCAGGUGUUACAUAGUAACGAACAUUUUUGUGUUUUCAUUAAUAAUCUUAUGAGAAAGUGCAAGCAAGCAAUUAAGUUGUUUAAAGAAGGCAAAGAAAAAAUGUUUGAUGAAACUUCACAUUAUCGUAGAAAUUUGACUAAACUCAGCCUUGUAUUUAGUCACAUGUUAUCCGAAUUGAAGGCCAUUUUUCCAAACGGAGUAUUUGCCGGACAUAAAUUCCGUAUUACUAAGGCAGAUGCAGCUGAAUUCUGGAAAGAAAGUUUUGGAAUCAGUACAUUGGUUCCAUGGAAAGUAUUCAAAGAUAAAUUGAACGAAGUUCAUCCAAUAAGUUCUGGAUUACAAGCCAUGGCAUUAAAAUCUACGAUAGAUCUCACAUGCAAUGAUUAUAUUUCUAAUUUUGAAUUUGAUGUAUUUACAAGGUUAUUCCAACCAUGGUCUACACUUCUUCGUAAUUGGAAAAUUCUAGCUGUGACACAUCCUGGAUAUGUAGCUUUUCUAACUUAUGAUGAAGUGAAAGCACGUUUACAAAAGUAUUGUAGUACUAGACCUGGAAGUUAUGUAUUCAGAUUAAGUUGUACAAGGUUAGGACAAUGGGCUAUUGGUUAUGUCACAUCAGAUGGCGAUAUCCUUCAAACAAUACCUCACAAUAAAAGUCUUUGUCAAGCAUUGCUAGAUGGAUAUAGAGAAGGAUUUUACUUAUAUCCUGAUGGUCGUAAUAUAAAUCCAGAUUUAACAUGGGCAGUUCAACCUACUCCUGAAGAACAUAUAAAAGUAACAGCAGAACAAUAUGAAUUAUAUUGCGAAAUGGGUAGUACAUUCCAAUUAUGUAAAAUUUGUGCAGAAAAUGACAAAGAUGUGAGGAUAGAACCUUGUGGACAUCUUCUUUGUACUCCAUGUCUUACUGCUUGGCAGGAUUCUGAAGGACAAGGUUGUCCAUUUUGUCGAGCUGAAAUUAAAGGAACUGAACAAAUAGUAAUUGAUCCGUUUGAUCCACGAAGAACACAUCGACCAGGAACGCAAUCGGCAUCUGCUAGUAAUGCAUCAACUCCUACGCGGGACCUUGACCCGGACACCGAGGAAAUCAUGGAUUUAUGUAACGGACAUUGUGGACUAAUGUGUUACGACUCGGAUGAAGAAGAAGAUUCUAGUCCAACAAAUUCACCAAUUUCGACCCGAAGAAUUGUACCAAGUCCACCACUACCUCCUCGACGACCUUCUCCAUCACCCACGCCGAAUAGUCAUUCGAGAAAUGGUCGUCAUUUAACUGUUCCGAAAGAGAAUGCUCCACCACCGCCGUCAUCAACAAUCAAUACAGCAUUCAAUUCUAAUACCGACAAUCAACAAAACAAUAAUAUAAACUCUGAAGCGGGAUACGAUAUGCUACAUCGGGCCUCUUCACCUUCUCCAGUGCCAUUGAUACCUCCGCUUACAAUGGCCAGAACUCAUAUUCGUCGAUCACAGGGAAAUCAUUUAAUCACAUCACCACAACCACAACCACCGCCAACAUUACCUGAAAAACCGAGCCGUGCCAGCGGAUCUUCGACAACGAUCUCUCAAAUUGCGACUAGCAAUAAUGUGCCACCAGUUCCGCCUCCGUUAUCAGUACCACGACCGCCGAAAACAGUGAAUAAAGAGCAUAACAGGCACGAUCAUCAUUACGAGAACACAAUUGUGAUACCUGGUACAAGACAACAUGUCGUGAGGAACAUUAAUCUAGAAGCGAAUACAGCUCGAUUGUCCGCUCUGAUAAGAGGUAAGGACGAUCCCACAGGUUCUUCUAAACCUGAAUCCGCAGCAUAUGAGAACGUGAAUGUCGAACAUAUUUCCAAGUUAACAGCCCUAGGAUUCGCACAAGAUGCUGUAAUUAGAGCCCUCGGUAUUACUAGGAACGAUCUUGAAAUGGCUUGUGACAUACUGCACGAAUUUGCUACGAAAUCGUCUUGACCAGGAUUAAAUACCGAAGAAUCAUAACCGAUUCUAUAUAUAUUGUACUUUUGAUGAAUAUUAUGCGUGAAAUUUGCUAUUGCUAAUUACUGGAAAAUAUUAUUUUUCAUCUGAAAGCUCGGACGUAUUGUAAGUCGAGCAAUAUACGUAUUGAGAGCCAACAGAAAUU